CCCCUGAAACCUUUUGUAUAUAUGGACCCCGGCACCUGCCACUUUCUGACGCCCCCAUGGAACCAUUGUUCUCUUAGGCCCCCCCGGAGUUACUGGGGCCCCUGUCAGAUCACAGACUACCUUUAUCCCUAUAUUUUAUAAACCGAAUCCUCCCUGGAUCUAUACGAGCCUUUGUCCCUCCUUCACCUGUUUGGGCCCCAGCAGUGCGCCCGACCCCACGUGGAUGCUGCUCUUGUGCUUAUUGGCAUUGGAUGCUGCUCUUGGCAUUGGAUCUGCCGCGGGAUUUCUGUGAUUAGUCGCGGGGCUCGGCGUCAGGAUCAGCCGCGGAUAUGUCGGGAUUAAAGGGCAAGUGAAGGCACAUUUCAGACCCUGCAUGUCAGCGCCGCUGUCCUUUCCCCUGGAGCGGAUUAUAAACGGCAGACCCGCGGGUAUUCAGCCCUGUAGGUGCCGGUGUCCGGGGCAGGCGGGGAAGUUGGUUCCGCAGCCCCUGGGUAAGUGCGGCCCCCGCUCCACGUGCUGAGGAUUCCUACUGACAUCUGCUCGGGACACUGGAUACCCGGGACUGGAUAUUUGACUUCUCUGCUGCAGCAUGUGGCCAACAGCACCCGAGGGAAUGUGGAUCUUACUGGGACUAAUGACCUACCUGCAAGGUUUAGUGACGGCGCUGCAGGUGAUCAUGGAAAAAGAGAACAUUCAGGUAUCGAGGGGUCAGUCGGCGGCUCUUUUCUGCUCCUUUACUACGAGCGCGGCCCUCACCAACCUCAACAUCAUCUGGACAGUGACUCCACUCUCCAACGCUAACCAGCCUGAACAGAUUAUUAUCUAUCAGGGAGGACAAGUUUUUACUAACGCUGCCCAGUUCCAUGGGCGAGUUGGGUUUAUGCACACCAUGCCGAAUACCAAUGCCUCCAUCUACAUUAACAACACCCAGUUGUCUGAUACAGGAACCUACCAGUGCAUGGUCAAUAACCUUCCAGACAGGGCCGUCCGAAAUAUUGGCGUUGUUGGAUUUACUGUUUUAGUACCUCCUUCGGACCCACGUUGCAGCAUUCAGGGUUCCCUGGAUAUCGGCAGUGACAUCACUUUGGCGUGCAGCUCGGAGGAAGGGAUCCCCAGGCCCACAUACCUCUGGGAGAAGAUCGACAACACCCCUGGGCUUCCACCUUUAGUAGCGCAAGACCAAUUUCAAGGGACAGUUUUGCUGAAAAACAUAAGCACUGCAUCCUCUGGGCGGUACCAGUGUCUGUCAUCCAAUCUGAUGGGGGCCAGCACCUGUCUCAUUGACCUGCAGAUUGUGGCACCUAAGCACCAAAGUGUGAGCCUCAUUGCUGGGGCAAUAGCUGCAGGACUGCUGAUUCUAAUCCUCUGUAUAGUGGUCAUGGCUGUGGGCUUAUUCUACUGGAGGAACAAGCACAAGGAGGAGGAGGAAGAUAUACCCAAUGAAAUUAGAGAGGAUGAUCUCCCUCCAAAGUGCUCAUUAACUACCAAAGUCUAUCACCCUGAUGCCUCCUUUUCUGAGCAGGACACCCUCACCUCUACCAAUACGUACAACGGGAACUACUGGAACAGUACUAAGUCCAAUUACUCCACUGGCUCUUAUGUUCAUUACAACUGCAAUGGCUGCCGCCAAUCAACUUCUCGCUCAGUUACCGGUCCUAUUCGGUUAGCGUACGCUAAUGGUGGACAACCACCUCCUGGUCCCCCAAAGACACUGGUGGUGACUGCAAACACUGCCCCUUCUCCCAAGACUGGAUCUAGGAGCAACGGCACAGUAGGCAGAAAAGCCAAGCCGUCCCAAACUAGGUCUUACGCAGUGAGCCAGGCCACACUGGAGAGAAUAGGUGCCGUGCCAGUGAUGGUUCCAGCACAAAGCAGAGCCGGCUCCUUGGUAUAGGAGGGUGUGCAACUUUCUCUUAUGAUGAAGAGAGCAUGGUUAGCAUGUGGGAUGUUAGAAGCCAUCCUUGCUCUUCUGUCUUUUCAUCCAGAUGGUUAGUUAUACGCAAAGUGCUGGAACGGACCAGUCUUUUGCUCACCAGAGAGAUGAUGAAAAAUCCCUGGGACAUGGAUUAACCAGGGGAAUGUGGACUGUUUUGCAGAAUUCAUCCUUGCAGUGCCAAGCACAGCCGUAAGGGCUUCCAGCGCAGAAUAGCUUAUGUGCCUCCCUUGCUCCUUCCCAUGUCAACACACACUGACUCAUUACUGGCUUUACUUUUGUACCACCUGCCUUGAUUAGAAAUAUACUUGUUUUCUCUGUAGAUAAUGAUGGUGCUAUGGAGUCUCCACUGAACACCAGCUAGCAUUAUCUGAACUGUGUUCCUUUAUGACCAUAAAAGGUCAACCCCCCUUUUCUCACUCCAGCACUUUAGUAGGAUCCAUCUAGAGCACCAGUCAGCAGGCAUCUAUUGGAAAUAACCAUAGCCAGGCAGGUACCUCUUCCUAAAGAAUUUGUGGACCAUGAGCAGAACUGAAAGUAUUUAGAAACAACAACACCGUUCAGUGAUGUAUACGCUUUAGAGAAUGUUCAAAACCCUUGGGAGCCGGAGUUGGGGGGGGGGAGUGAGGCGUUGGAGACCUCUCUCUCUCCGGCAACCAAUGCAUUUCAUGCUGGUAUCCUGUGCAGAGAUGAUGUGCAGUGAAACUCAGUAGUGCACUUAUUAUUUUCCCGCAGUCUUUGAUUUAUCAAGUGGCAAUCUGUAACUGUCAGGAAUUCUGCAAUCCAACUAUAGACACACCUCCUUAGUCAUCAACUUGUAUUCAUGUCUAUGUCACAUGGGGCACACUCAUCAAAUAAGAAAGAGAAAAUUCGUACAUAAAUUGUCCUAAUGCUGCAUUAAAAUUCAGCAGUUGACUUGUUUUUCUUUUUGAGCAUAGUUCUCAUUUUUUUUUUGAUAAAUGUGCCCCAUAUGUUUUUGUUACAAUGUUAUUUUUAUUUCAUUGGUGUCGUCCACUUAACCCAGUUUAGGAUGAUGGAGCUGGAAUCUUCAAUUUAAAUGCCUUGAAACCCCCCUACCCGUCCCAUCUUGAAACACUGGAAAACUCCUAUUUGCAAGAGAUGUGGCCUUUGUUCCAUCCCCAACAAGUUUGGUGAUGCAAUAAAUCAUUAAGUAGAUUUUUUUUCAAGGGGAACGUGCUCUAGUUAAAGCAAAUUAAUUAUUUCUAUUGGUAAACACUCAGAAGGACUAUGCAUUUCCUUUCUAAAAAGCCAUACUAACAGGAUUGCUGGCAGGUUUAUCUUCAUGUUUAACUCCAUAAAAUUGCAUUUGUGUGAACUGAGAUGUUUGGAUGAAGACUGUCAAUGUUCUGAUGAGUGCUACAAUAUUCUUCAAACAAAAGAUUAGGUGGCAUUGCAUUUGAGAGGCUGUCAACAUCUUUCAGUCAUUUUACGAAACAUUCUUUUUCCCUUUGAAAUGGUUUCAUGAUGCCAUGACAUUGGUAUACAACUAAAUAAAUAGUGUUCAUAUUAGAAGAACCAUUGUCUAUACAAUGGCUGUCAAUCUUAAAGAAUCAAAGCCUUAAAGACAAUUACAAAAAAAUAUCUCCAUGUCAUCCCUUAAUCUGAUUUCCAUGGAAUGACGCUUUUUCCCAGAGCAACAUGGGGCUUGGUCAAGCUAAUGUACUGCCAGUAAUGACCCUUCAUUAGAUACUGAAGAAGGGAAUCAAACCUGGAAAUUCAGGCUGAUGUUCUUCCAGAACAAAUAGGAUCUUCUAAGGAUGAUGGAGAUAUAUUUUUUUAAUUGUGUUACUUUUGAAGACACAAUACUUAUUUAAGGCAGAAGUUUCCAAACUGUGAUGGAUAAGAGGCUCAAACAUCCCUUGUGUUGAGAUUUGAUGUUAAAUGCUUAUUGUCUGUCACGUUCUAAAUUGUGAAGGCUAAAGGGCCCAUCCCUUAUUUUGACAUUUUGCUAGUUGCCUUGCAUAUUACUAGAACUAUAGCAGGACUUGGAUGAUGGUUAAACAUUAAAGAUGGUUCUUACCAAGGGUUGAGCUCCAAAGGGGUACUUGAACCUCAGCAGUAUGAAGACCUCUGCCUUAAAGUAGGUAUAGGCAAGUCAGUAACAUCUCAUGCAGGAAUUAUUUUCUGGGGUCAACUUGUAACCUAGUAAGUAUUUUUAAGACCCAACAAAGACAACUUACUGCAUCUUCUCAACACAAUAGCAUCAUCCUGCCAGUGGAACGGUAAUAGACCUCUCACAAGCCUCAGAGCCCAGCGCUGCUUAACUUUUUUCUAACCUAUGUUACAAAAGUUCACUUUUGCACUCAGGGUUAUGGAUGUCUGUGCUUUUCGACACAGAGCUGGAACAUUAAUUAAUCAAUCACUGACUUGUUUGGUUCUUACUAACAAGAUUCUUAGCAGAUCAUUUAAGGAGUAAUUUUAAGCUAAUGGUCCUUAUUGCUUUGUAGAUGGAUCUAAACAAGACUACUUUAUAUAUACAAAAGAGCAGACGGAUCUGGCUGUAUUGAUGAAUUUGGUGCCAGAUGCGUCAGUUAAUCCCAUUCCAUCUGUAGGUGGGGCUGUUCCCAGAACAUCAUGGUGAAGAGCAAGCAUUAAUAAUUGACAAUGAAUAAAGUGUACUGAGAAACUGUACCAUUUCCCCUUCUUGCAUUUUGCCUUCCCCCUAGAAAAUAUGCAUUUUGGUUAUGUAGAAGAAUGAAUAAUACCAGAGGUGCAUAUUUCUGUUUCUUGUAAUGAAUGAAAAAUGAAGCUAAUUAUUUGUAGCAAGUGUUCACAAUUAAAAUAUAAAGCCACCCAUGAGGUGGAGCGCUUCCGCG